AUGUCAUCCGAGCAAGAUUCCCAUCCAGCCGGAUGGGAAAACCACGAAACCCUCUCUGUGCCUCAAAUCAACCUGCACGAGGCUAGCAGCUCCGAAACUCUUCACACAACCGAGCCUUCUCCGAACCUUGCUACUGAUAAGCCGCAAGGUGAGGAAUAUUGGAAGAGCCAUGAGACUCUGGCACUGCCUCAAACUCCCACUACACCUGCCCCCGCCAAGAACAAGGAAUGGCAUAUGACACACCGAGUGGUUCGAAACGCCCAACGUGACGAAGCAGCUGGAUUCAAACGUCGAGAGCUUGGUGUUACUUGGCAGAACCUAUCCGUUGAGGUACUCGCUGCUGAAGCUGCCGUCAAGGAGAAUAUGCUUUCCCAAUUCAAUGUUCCUCAGCUCAUCAAAGACUUCCGCCGGAAACCACCACUCAAAUCGAUCUUAUCCGACAGCCAUGGAUGUGUUAAGCCUGGUGAAAUGCUUCUCGUACUUGGCCGCCCCGGCUCAGGAUGUACGACGCUUCUUAAGAUGCUUGCCAACCGCCGUGAAGGAUAUCACACUAUCAAAGGGGAUGUGCGAUUUGGAAAUAUGUCAUCAGAAGAAGCACUCAACUACCACGGCCAAAUUGUCAUGAACACAGAGGAAGAACUCUUUUACCCCCGCUUGACUGUUGGCCAGACUAUGGAUUUUGCCACACGCUUGAAGGUCCCCUUUCAUUUACCAGAGGGAGCCAAGAAAGAAGAUUAUAAUGCCGACUCCAUGGAGUUUCUUUUGGAAUCCAUGGGAAUUUCCCAUACCGCCGAUACUAAAGUGGGCAACGAAUUUGUCCGUGGAGUAUCAGGUGGCGAAAGAAAGCGAGUUUCGAUUAUUGAGUGCCUGGCAACAAAUGCCUCUGUUUACUCUUGGGAUAAUAGCACACGCGGUCUCGAUGCCAGUACCGCCCUGGAGUGGGCAAAGGCUCUUCGUGCUAUGACUGACGUGCUGGGUCUUUCUACCAUCGUCACUCUCUACCAAGCAGGAAACGCAAUUUAUAAUUUGUUCGACAAGGUGCUCGUGUUGGACGAAGGAAAGCAGAUAUACUAUGGACCUGCGGCGGGAGCAAAGCCAUUCAUGGAAGAUCUGGGUCUAAUGUAUACCGAUGGAGCGAAUAUUGGGGAUUUCCUCACUGGUGUCACUGUCCCGACCGAGCGAAAAGUGAAACCAGGCUGGGAAAAUCGAUUUCCUCGUUCAGCAGAUGCUAUCCUGACGGAGUACAAAAAUUCAGCGACAUAUAAGAAUGAGAUCUCUGCAUACGACUAUCCCGACAGUGAGAUUGCAGUUCAGCGCACAGAAGCAUUCAAAGAGUCUGUCGCUUGGGAAAAGUCCAAUCAUUUACCCAAAGGCAGUAAACUCACCACCAGCUUUUGGGCUCAACUCAUCCAUUGCACUCGACGACAAUACCAGAUUCUGUGGGGUGAAAAGUCAACUUUUCUCAUCAAGCAGAUUCUGUCUUGCGUCAUGGCAUUGAUCGCCGGAUCAUGUUUUUACAAUUCUCCAGAAACUUCGGCUGGUCUCUUCACCAAAGGAGGAGCUAUCUUUUUCUCGCUAUUAUACAACUGCAUCGUCGCCAUGUCUGAGGUCACCGAAUCCUUCAAAGGUCGACCGAUUCUCAUCAAGCACAAGGGGUUCGCGAUGCAUCAUCCAGCUGCAUUUUGUUUGGCCCAGAUUACCGCCGACGUUCCAGUGCUAUUGUUUCAGUGCACUAUCUUCUCGGUGGUAAUUUAUUGGAUGGUUGGGCUGAAGCACACCGCGGCUGCAUUUUUUACUUUCUGGGCUAUCCUCUUCACGACAACCCUGUGCAUUACUGCCUUGUUCAGAUGCAUCGGUGCCGCAUUUAGUACAUUUGAAGCCGCUUCGAAGAUCUCCGGAACAGCAGUCAAGGCUAUCGUCAUGUAUGCCGGUUACAUGAUUCCAAAGCCGAAGAUCAAGAACUGGUUUGUCGAACUGUACUACACCAAUCCUUUUGCCUAUGCAUUCCAAGCCGCCAUGUCGAACGAAUUUCAUGACCGCCAUAUUGAUUGUGUUGGUCAAAAUUUGAUCCCCAGUGGUCCCGGUUACGAGGAUAUCGGAUCGGGAAACAGGGCUUGCACAGGUGUGAACGGUGCCACUCAAGGCGCUGACUUCGUGACUGGCGACCAAUAUCUCGGAUCUCUCCAUUAUCACGCCUCGCAGAUGUGGCGGAACUUUGGUGUUCUCUGGGGUUGGUGGGGGUUCUUCGCCGUCCUGACUGUCUUGUUUACCUGCUUCUGGAAGGGAGGUGCCAGUUCUGGAUCUUCUCUUCUCAUCCCCCGCGAGAGUCUGAAAAAACAUCAGACACACAACGAUGAGGAGGCACAAGGCACUGAAAAGACCACCCCCCGCACAACCACCGAUGAGCCCGUCGAAGUCGAAGAUGAGAAUCUGGUUCGAAACACGUCGAUCUUCACUUGGAGAAACCUCACUUAUACCGUCAAAACACCCACUGGUGACCGCGUGCUGCUGGACAAUAUCAAUGGUUGGGUGAAGCCAGGCAUGCUCGGCGCUCUGAUGGGCUCUUCGGGCGCAGGCAAAACAACGCUUCUCGACGUGCUUGCCCAACGCAAGACAGAAGGCACAAUCAAGGGCUCGAUUCUUGUCGAUGGCAGACCUUUACCGGUAUCAUUUCAGCGAAUGGCAGGGUAUUGCGAGCAGUUGGACGUCCACGAACCAUAUGCGACCGUGAGAGAGGCCUUGCAAUUUUCCGCCCUAUUACGCCAAUCCCGCGACACCCCGAAGGAGGAAAAGCUUCGAUACGUGGAAACUAUUAUUGAUCUCCUUGAACUCCAUGAUCUUGCUGAUACCCUGAUCGGUAGCAUUGGCAAUGGACUGAGUGUCGAACAAAGAAAGCGUGUCACCAUUGGAGUGGAAUUGGUCUCAAAGCCCAGCAUUCUGAUCUUUUUAGACGAGCCAACCUCUGGAUUAGACGGUCAAUCGGCUUACAAUACAGUUCGCUUCCUUAGAAAGCUCGCCGAUGUUGGCCAAGCUGUUCUUGUUACUAUCCACCAACCUUCGGCACAACUUUUCGCCCAGUUCGACACCCUGCUUCUCCUUGCGCGCGGCGGAAAAACGGUCUACUUUGGAGAUAUUGGUGACAACGCGGCCACGAUCAAGCAUUAUUUCGGCCAGUAUGGUGCCGAGUGUCCUACAGAAGCCAACCCAGCUGAGUUCAUGAUCGACGUGGUUACUGGUGGCAUUGAAGCCGUCAAGGACAAGGACUGGCAUCAGAUCUGGCUUGACUCUCCCGAGCAAAACGCCAUGAUCACAGAACUGGAUAGAAUGGUCGAUGACGCCGCAAGCAAAGCACCUGGAACAGUAUCCGAUGGCUAUGAGUUCUCCAUGCCUUUAUGGGAACAAGUCAAGAUUGUCACCCGUCGUAUGAACGUCGCACUCUUCCGAAACACGAACUACGUGAACAAUAAAUUCUCCCUGCACAUCAUUUCCGCCCUCUUGAACGGUUUCUCAUUCUGGCGACCGGGCCCUAGCGUGACAGCCCUGAAUUUGAAGAUGUUCACAAUCUUUAAUUUCGUCUUCGUCGCGCCCGGUGUUAUUAAUCAGCUUCAACCACUCUUCAUCCAACGCCGAGAUAUAUACGAUGCCCGCGAAAAGAAAUCAAAGAUGUACUCUUGGGUCGCAUUCGUGACAGGUCUGAUUGUAUCGGAAUUCCCUUAUCUCUGCAUCUGCGCCGUUCUCUACUUCGCCUGCUGGUAUUAUCCAGUCUGGAGACUUCCCCACGACUCCAACCGAUCCGGCGCGACAUUUUUCAUGAUGCUAAUCUAUGAGUUCAUCUACACCGGUAUCGGGCAAUUCGUCGCAGCUUAUGCACCAAACCCGACAUUCGCGGCCCUCGUCAACCCUCUCAUCAUCAGUAUCCUGGUUCUAUUUUGCGGAGUUUUCGUCCCAUACACCCAGCUCAAUGUCUUCUGGAAGUACUGGAUGUAUUACCUCAACCCAUUCAACUAUGUCGUCUCCGGAAUGUUGACCUUUGGCCUCUGGGGCGCGAAGGUUACCUGCAACGAAGAGGAAUUCGCUGUCUUCGAUCCCACGAAUGGGACUUGUGCCGAAUAUUUGUCCGAUUACAUUGCGGGUGAUGGCUGGAGGAUCAACCUGAUCAAUCCGAAUGCUACUGCCGCGUGCAAAGUGUGCGAGUACACGGAUGGAAGUGAUUUCUUGUCUACGUUGAACAUUAAUCACUACUACUAUGGAUGGAGAGAUAUCGGAAUUUCGGUGAUUUUUGCCAUCAGCGGGUAUGCCUUGUCUUCGGACUUAUGA